UCUUAAGGUAGAAUAUUUGGUAGUGGAGAGUGGUUUGCGAAGAAGUUCAACAUUUCUUCCCAAAAUUCUAAUGUUUCAUAUAAUUCUUUCUCUCAAAAUUAUGAUUUAUAUAACCACAAUUGAUUAUUCAAUUCAACUAAAUCUUCUGUAACAUCCAAUAAUUCAAUAAAGUUUCUUUCUUUUUUGUUUCUGAAAUCGUAAAAGUUGAUUUGAGCUGUGUUAAGCCAGCAAAAAUGGCCACUGCGGCGGAAAAAUACCAGAGACCUAACCCCGGCGCCGGUGCCGCUGAUCGGCGUAUACGAGCUUCGUUUGUGAACUGGUAUCGGAUCUCCAUUGUAAUGGAUAAAUUGGCCUCCAUUUUAGGGUCCGGAAAGUCUGUAGACUCACGCGAAUUCUUCAGUCUCUGUUUAUCCCUCUCCAGGGGUAUUGAUUUUGCAGUUGCAUACAAGGAAAAAUUAACUAAAUCUCAUGAUUUAUUUACAUUGGUGAAGCAGAUAUUUGAACGGAAAAGUGAUCUCUCCUUACAAGCUAUGAUUAUGAUGGUAAUGAGUUCCGUGAAGAAUGCUUGUAAAGGUGGAUGGUUUUCAGAAGAGGAGACCAAGGAACUUUAUACACUAGCUAAUGAGAUAGAGAUGAACUUCUGCAGUCCGGGGAAUGUUAACACGGCACCUAGCUGUGUGGAUUCUACCAUUGCAACAGUCAUGACAAGAUUUUAUCCACAGUUGGAGAUGGGCCAAAUUCUUGUUUCUCUUGAUGUCAAGCCUGGAUAUGGGAUCUACGCGAUUGAUUUCCAUAUAUUGAAGAACAGUGCACAGGCUGAAAAGGAAAAGAUUCGGUUAUUUGUAGCUCAAGUAGAUAAUGUGGAGACAUCGGCAUGUAUUAUAACUCCUCAACAAGUAAACUUCAUUGUGAAUGGAAGAGGAGUGGAUAAGAGAACGAACGUUUAUGUGGAUGCCGGACCACAGAUGCCAACUAACGUGACCCCGUUGUUAAAAUACGGAACAAAUCUACUUCAAGUUGCGGGGCAGUUCAAUAGUCACUACGUUAUCGUUGUUGCCUUUAUGAGAGAGACAAAAUUGUGUGAACUUCCAGUCCUGCCAGAUUAUAUUCAGCCUCCUGCAGAUGGAGUCGAUUCAGAGCACAGCAAAUCUCGUACUCUUCAAGAUGACCUACCGAGAAACAUUGUUAGGAAAAAACACUACAGAGGGGUGAGACAAAGGAAAUCUGGGAAAUGGGUGACAGAGAUUCGCAACCCCAGGAGUAGAGCUAAGGCGUGGAUUGGGACUUUCAGCACGGCAGAGGCAGCUGCUCUUGCUUAUGAUGAGACCGCUCUCCGCCUCUAUGGAAGGAAAGCUAUCCUUAACUUCCCAGAAAGAGCUAAAGCAAAAGGAAAAUCUAGGACUAAAACCGCUGCUACUUGUACUCGUGAUCAUCAAUUAGAUCUCGAUCUAAUUGAAGGGCCAUCCCGAAUAUCACUGAACUGUCCUAUAAGCUAUACCCGUAUUAGAACUCCAGUCAAAGGACAUUUAUGCAAACAUCUUCAGUGUUUCGACUUCAAUAACUACAUUGAUAUAAAUUCAAGAAGACCAUCUUGGCGCUGCCCUCACUGUAAUCAGCAUGUUUCUUACUCAGAAAUUCGUAUAGAUCAAAAAAUGGUUAAGGUCUUGAAAGAGGUGGGGAAUAAUGUCACUGAUGUUAUUAUCUCGACAGAUGGGUCAUGGAAGGUUGAUCAGGAAAAUGAUAAUUCAGAUAAGGCUAAUGAUACAAACCUUGGUUGUCGGAAAGAAAAGUCUGAGCUGCAAACAUGUACUGCCACCCCAAACGAUGUUCCUAGUAUUAUGGAUCUCACUAGUGACGACGACAAUGAAAUGGAUAUCAAUGUUUGUGACAUUGAUGACAUGAAUCCUUCCAAGGGUGAUCUAAGUUCUUCGCCUGAUUCGAGCAAUAUAGAAAAUCAAAAUUUUGAUGAUCAAGUAGAGGAUACAAAUUGGACUGCUCUCUAUAAUUCUCCUGACUUGUCGACGACAGUGUGGUCAGAAGCCUUGUUCGGUCCAGUCUCUCAGUCUAAUCCCGCAACUAUUGUGCAUACUCCUCACGAAGCUGAUGGUCGUGUAAAUACUAAUCUCAUCGCUUCUGAAAUGCAUAGCGGGGUGACACCAAUUACAAUUCAGGUUCCCCCGACCCAGUCCCCGGCCCUACAAACUCCACAACAAAGAAAUACUUCUUCUGCUGUGCCUUCUCCGGGUGGUUUAUCACCUACUGACACAGUAUACAGUGAUAUGGAAAGACAGAAACAUUUCUUUCAAUCCCUCAUAAAACAGCCGCCUCAAGUAGCCAAUGUUGUCCCAUCUUCGUCGCAGCCUUCCUUGGUAACACAAGGAAGGCCGAGAAGGGCUGCUGCUAAAUCAGUGAAUUUGGCAUCUGAGCAGAAUUGGCGUCCAGCAGGUCGUAUGCGUGGAAGUCUUACAGGUCAGGCUUAUUCGUCUGCCCUUAAUCGGUUGAUGAUUAAGCCUACUCAAUCACCAAAACCGUCUCAAGCUACAACAACACCGUCGAUCCCAGCCCCACCUUCCCACAAAUGAUUUCGACUUUAACUUCAGGUAAUUCCUGUCGACAGCAGAAACGCCCGAGAACCUCAACCACGCAAUCAUACCGAUUUGAAUGCCGUUUUGUGAGAAUUUUGGUUAUGGGAGAUUAUUCACAUUAAAGGGUGUGUAUAUAAACCGCAUGGAAAAGCUUCCAUGAUGUGUAACUCUAAUGAAAUAAUUCUCAUGUAGUCAUAAUUCUUUUAGCUCUACUUGGCACUAGUUAUAAAUAGGGAUAAGCUUCCCAUUAUAUUAAGUUAGAUCAAUAUUAUAAUAAUUAUCUUAAUAUUAAC